CUUCAUGGAUAUCUUAAGAGAAGCUCAACCGUUUCUACAUUCUUCUUGAGCCGAUAAGGGAAAUGGUUCCAGGUAACGCCAAGAAGCGGCCGCGCGUGAGCCACACGCGCCUUUCAUCCGCCUUCACACGCUUCUCUUCUUCCUCUUCCUACUCGGCUGCUCUCGUUGACUCAAUUGACACCCCUCGCUCGCCGGAAAAUCUCCUUAAUCUACGGCGAACAUCCUCCUCCACCUUCAUCUCCGCCGCUGCCGCCUCCUCGCCCUCGAUGAAGUCCCCGAACUUCUUCAACGAUUCUGCCACCGCUGACGUCAUCCUCCGCCUCUACCACGACUCCUCGCCUUUCGAGCGCGGCGGUGACGACGAUGACGGCUCCGGUUCUUCUCCAUCCCCGAUUGAUUCUGGCGACGGGCAGGAUUUAGGGGACGAUGUUCGGAUCUAUCUGCACUCCGACGUACUCCGCCGUGCCAAAUACUUCGCCGCUCUUCUCUCCGAUCGGUGGAGAACCCCCGCGACCGAUGGUUACAUACACCUCAACCUCGCCGUGACCGCCGGAUCGAUUGCUACGCAUCUCGCUGUGCUUGAGCUCCUCUACACCGACGGAUUCAGUGACGUGAUCGAUUCGGCGUCCACAGCGCUCGACAUCCUCCCCGUUGCGCUCGAGCUUCUGUUCGACGACUGCGUCAGAUCGAGCAUUCGGUUCCUGGAGGCCGUGCCAUGGACUGACGAGGAGGAGAGGAGGGUUUUGAGUUUGGUCCCUUUCCUGAGAGAGGAAGAAUCUACAGAUCUCUUAGCUAGGGUAUCUCCCUCCAGAGACAACUCCUGCGAGGAGAUGCUCCACGGGCUGAUCCUCGCCGCGAUCCAUAGCCACCCGAACAUGGCGUUUGUGAAGGCAUUCGUGGCGAAGCUACUGAGGGACUUCUCGUCGAAGGAGACGGCAAGGAAGGUUCUGGAGAGAGCCUUUGUGACGAGCUUGAAGGUGGUGAAGGAGAGCCUUGAAGAAUACUCGAGUCCUGAUUUCAGAGGAGAUCACAAUGAGACGGAGGCGAUGCAGAGACUGAGUCUGCAUACAGCGAUGGUAAACGGGAAACACCUGAUAUGGGUGGUGGAGAGGAUGAUUGAGCUGCGAGUGGCGGACACCGCCGUGAAAGAAUGGAGCGAGCAGGCGGCUUUCACGGCGGAUUUGCAACGAGCGUUUCGUGACGAUGCGUGGAGGAACAUGGCCCCGGGGCUCCCUGCGGUCGUGCUCCGCUGCACUUGCAAGCUCGCAGAUGCUGUUGCUAGUGGGUCCAUUUUGGCUGCACGACAGGUGAGGAUGAAGCUGGUGAAAGACUGGCUGCCGGUUCUAAUAGUAUGCAGAGACAACGUGUCACCAAUCCUCCCAAACCACAAAUCUAUGUGUCUGGAACUCGAAGAGAAAUUCCUAAGGAUCAUCUCAACACUUGCAAUGACAGACUCUCAGGAGCUCCUGAAACAAUGCUUGAGUUUCUCAACGAGAAACGUCGAGGAUUGCCCUCACUUGGUCACGGCUUUCAACACUUGGUUCAGACGGGCGACCCGUUCCGGACAACAACCUCCAGUAAAUACUUCAGUCCUUUAGGGUAUCGGCACUGUAAAAAUUGCGGCCUUUGAAACAUGAUGCCUCUCAAAUGAAGAGCGCUAUUAUGCACUGUAAAUCCCAGAAGCUUUCCACUGAUUAAUGUGUCUGAAAGCUUUUAUGUCGUUUGUUUGUUUGGGAGUUGAGAAGAGGCUUGAAUGGCUUUGUAGAUAAUGUUGCCAUGUUGUCUUUUGUUCUUAAUCCCAUACUUAGCUGUGUUUUCAUUGA